UUGUCGUUUAUGAACCGAAGUCGUUCGGAAAUCGGAAGAAAGAGAUCGAGAAAAGCUCGAGACCUUGAGCUAAUCGAUUCUUCCUAUCUACAAAUCCUUCCAACACGAAAUUUCAGCUGCCGUAUCACUCUUCGAAGAAGAUCAUUUGCCUGAAAUUUAAGGGGAAUCGGAACCAGAACGAAGGAGAUCUUAGCUUUCCUCCUUUUUUUUCACGAUUUUUGGGGGAAUUUUGCUGUGAUUCUCGUAUUCUUCUCUUCUAGAGCCCAAGAAAGAGAAUCCAGUGGAUUUUUGAAGCCUGUGGAGUCGAGGGGAUUUUGCAAAUCAGCUUUGAGGGAAUCUGUGCAGAUUUCAACAAGGCCUUUGGAGAGGAUUCCCUUUUGAACAUGGAGGACAGUCAAGCCCAAGCAUAUUCCCUCCAGCAGUCUGAGAAAGGUCCAGAUGAUGAUAACGAGAUUGUUGCUGAACAAGCCGCUUUUGUGCAUGGCGAACCUCCACAAGAUACUGAAGGUCCUCCGAAGGCUGAUUCAGAAGUUGAAAUCCUUCAUGAGAAAGUUACUAAGCAAAUCAUGAAGGAAGGUCAUGGUCAGAAACCAAUAAAGUUCUCAACGUGCUUCGUGCAUUACAGAGCAUGGGUUGAAAACACCAUGCACAAGUUUGAAGACACGUGGCAGGAGCAACGACCUGUUGAAUUGAUUUUGGGAAAAGAGAAAGCUCAGAUGGCAGGAUUAGGUAUCGGUGUGUCAAGCAUGAAAGCUGGUGAACGUGCAUUGUUACAUGUGAGUUGGGAACUAGGCUAUGGUAAGGAGGGGAGCUUUUCUUUCCCAAAUGUUCCACCCAUGGCAGAUCUGUUAUACGAAGUCGAGCUUAUUGGCUUUGAUGAAGCCAAAGAAGGUAAAGCUCGCAGCGACAUGACAGUUGAGGAAAGGAUUGAGGCAGCGGAUAGAAGGAAGGCGGAAGGGAAUGCUUAUUUCAAGGACGAAAAGCUGGAGGAGGCUAUGCAACAGUAUGAAAUGGCUGUAGCAUACAUGGGAGAUGAUUUCAUGUUCCAGUUGUUUGGGAAAUAUAGGGACAUGGCAUUGGCUGUGAAGAACCCGUGUCACCUCAACAUGGCAGCCUGUUUCAUAAAGCUCGAGCGCUAUGAAGAAGCCAUUGCUCAAUGCAGCAUUGUUUUAUCAGAGGACGAGAAUAACGUCAAGGCAUUAUUCAGACGAGGGAAAGCUAGAGCAGAGCUCGGCCAGACGGAUGCUGCAAGGGAGGACUUCCAGAAAGCAAGAAAGUUUGCACCUGAAGACAAGGCGAUUGCGAAGGAGCUGCGUAUGAUUGCUGAACAUGACAAGGCCGUUUAUCAGAAGCAAAAGGAGAUUUACAAGGGAAUUUUUGGACCAAGGCCUGAACCCAAGCCCAAGCGAUUGAAUUGGCUCGUCCUCAUUUGGCAAUGGCUGGUAUCUCUAGUGCUUGGCCUCUUCAAGCUCAAAAGGAACAAAGCGGACUGACUUUUGGUACUGUAAGGGGAAGCAUUUGAGGUCCUUUUCAUGCUUUUGGUGAGAAAGAAAGAUUGCUCUCGAAAAUGCAGUCUCUCAGCUAUUGCGCAUGGUAAAGGUUGGACAUAUUCCUUUACUUUUUUCAUUACUCUUGUAACAAAUCUAUUUAUUAUGAUUAGUCUAUAUUUAAUGUGAUCUUUUGUCCGUCUCCAAAUAAAAACGCGUCUUGAGGUUUAGAUUGAUA